AUGCCAAAGUCUAUGCCGCGGUACACAGAGAGAGGCGUCGACCGGAGAGUUGGACACAAAGAAACAAAGCUGCAGGUUGCCGCAUGUGCCCAUGCCUAUGCGAAGCUUCAGAAGGCCCUGCUCGGGUCGGUCAGCGCCGGUCCCCCAUCCGGGACCGCCGAGGAGGACGGCAUCAGCAUUCUUUGCGGCGGCGAGGGUCUCGUCGGUGAGAGGGGCACUUUUGGCAUCGAUGGAGCACUGAGACUGGCAGAGCUGGACUCUCGAGAGCCUGAUUGA